CGUCACCACCGGGCGCCAAACAAGUUGCCUUUGCUUUAGUCCGAAGUGCCUGUUUCUGAAAGCAGGCUGUGUCAUGGCGCUGGCAGGAGUGCGUGUGAUUGAGCUUGCUGGACUUGCUCCUGCACCCUUCUGUGGAAUGAUCCUGGCAGACUUUGGGGCAAAGGUGAUUCGCGUGGAUCGGACAAAGGUUGCGAUGGCGGUGGAUACUCUUGCGAGGGGCAAACAGUCUGUAGCCGUGAACCUGAAGAGUCCUGAAGGUGUAGCGGUGCUGAAAAGACUGUGUGUUCAGUCAGAUGUGGUUCUUGAACCCUUUCGGAAAGGAGUGAUGGAGAAGUUGGGUUUAGGUCCUGAGGAGUUGCUGAAGGAGAACCCUCGGCUGAUUUAUGCUCGGCUUACAGGCUAUGGCCAGAGAGGCUCCUAUGCCAAGGCUGCUGGGCACGAUAUCAACUACCUGGCCAUGUCCGGACUGCUGUCCAUGUUGGGCCGCAGCUCAGAGAAGCCCUAUGCUCCACUGAACCUGGUGGCAGACUUUGCAGGAGGAGGCCUGAUGUGUGCCCUGGGGAUCGUCCUGGCCCUGCUGGAAAGAAGCAGGUCAGGCAAGGGCCAGAUCAUCGAUGCCAGCAUGGUGGAGGGGGCAGCAUAUGUAGGCUCUUUUCUGUGGAAGUCCCGCAGCAUUGGCUUAUGGAAUCGACCCCGAGGGGAAAACAUGCUGGACAGUGGAGCUCCAUUCUAUGACACGUAUCGCACCGCUGAUGGGAAGUACAUGGCAGUGGGAGCCAUUGAACCACAGUUCUAUGAUCAACUCAUCCAAGGGCUGGGAUUGGACGCGGCGGAUCUUCCAGCCCAGAUGAGUGUCUCUGAUUGGCCACAGCUAAAGCAGACGUUCACCCGGGUAUUUGCCAAGAAAACGCAGGCAGAGUGGAGUCGGAUUUUCGAUGGAACUGAUGCCUGUGUCACCCCCGUGCUCUCUUUGGAUGAAGUGGGCUCUCAUCCUCAUAACCAUGAGAGGGGAUCAUUCCUUAGGAACGCCCAGGGGGAGGUUAGCCCCCGGCCGGCGCCCGUCCUGUCCCGCUCCCCUGCUGAGCCCUCCGUGUCUCGUGACCCUUUCAUUGGGGAGCACACCCGCGCUGUUCUGAAGGAGUAUGGCUUUGAGGCAGCCCAGGUUGAAAAGCUGCUUUCUGCAGGAAUCGUAGAGUGCAAUGAGGCUAAGGCACGUUUGUAGGACCUCUGUAUACAGGACUUACAGGACACUGUGGUGAAUGAUGCAGUGAAAAACACUUUCUCACCUUAAAACACGUUGCUUUCAGCUGAGAAGUGACGUGUGAAGAGCGCUUAAGCUCAAAAUAACUCCCCUUUGAUCUGCAGGCUACCAUAAUUCAGUCUGUUGAAAGCUGAAAGUGACAGGCCUCAAACUUGUGAGUCUUUUUUGUCAGCAAAUAGAAUUAGGGUGACAAGUGGAGACGUGAUUCACUUAAUCCUAAUGGGCUCCGUCCAGUUCUUAUCUGCCCUCAUGUCUUGAUUUUCCAUGGAUAUUGGCACAUCUAGCACUUCUAGUAUGCUAUGAGUUUUUAACUUUGUAACCACAAAGGGUUUCAGCUAAAUGUCACUUAACACUGUAAAAAUUAUCUUAUAUGAUUAAUGUAAUUAGAAGGCUUCUAAUUUUUCUAUUCUAAAGCACAGUGUACAUGGACAGUAGUAUACAUUAUGCUUUAGACAGGUUGUGCAAUAGAAGAGUGUUCUUUGAACUUAUUCCCCAAACUGACUUCUGGGAUUCCUGUGAAAUUUAUGCUGUAUCACCACCGACUCUGAAAGAAUACGCCUUUCUAAAUACAGCUGCUCUUCCCCAUUGUGAGCCCAAAAAUAUGAUGUGAUUUUACUUUAUUUUUCAUUGCAGCUAUAAACAAGUCACAAAACCUUAUAAAUCUGAUUCUUUAUUACCAAUGGCUGCUUUACAGAGAUCUCUAAGACAUUUUUUUUCUUGUUUCGAAAUUGUUUGUGUAACUAAAACUUACUGAGAUCUCAUAGAUCAAGAGGAGCACUUAUAUUUUCAUAUAUACCUGUUGUUCCUAUUGACAAAGUAUUGUUGAUUUAUACAUAUGGAUCAUAUGAAUUAUUAAAAUAUUCUUAUUGUG